UUUUGACUUAAUCCCAUGUAGGUAGGUACCAACUUAGUUAAAUUGUAUUAAAUAUAAAUGUUGUUUUAAAUUAUAACGGCGUUACAGCCAUACUCCGGGAUAUUAUUUUCAAUUUCACUGACGACAGUUGAUUGAAAUAAUUAAUAUAAGGGACAAAUGGAACAAGCCCGUGUCAUAACUAUAUAUACAAAUUAAUUGGGAUGCGUAAAAUCCUUCUGUACAGACCAUAUAGGUAGGUGUUGCUAUAAGUAGGUAUAUUUAUAAACGCUAUGUCAGCGGCCUAUGUAAUAAUUUUUCCUAUAGUUUAGAAGCCAACUGGAGAAAUAAAGUUGCAAUGUAAGAAGGGUUGGGCUUCAUGGAGGUUUAAUAAUAGAUUUGUAUUUCUCACCAAACAGUAUAUAAUAGUUAUUUUAAAACCGUUCUACGGCGUCUACAGUUCGUUUACUUGUGUCUUUGAGAACAUAUCAAAAACCAAAUGACAAAAACGGUGUGUGAUAGAUAGGAACCCAUACGCCCAUAUCAUACGCAUAUUAAAAUUUUAAUUUUUAACAAAUAUUAUUGUGCCUGACUGCUUAUUUUUUCUCUAUGUUAGUAAAUCACACUUUAAAAGAUUCAACAAAACGGAAUACUAAAAUGGUGAUAUUCAAUGCAGAAUAUAUUCCAGAAUACAAAUGGAUAAUGCUCGAGUCAAAUUCAAAUAGUAACAGCACUACCACUAAAGAAAUAAGAGAUUUAAAAUGUAAACCCCAGAAUAAUAUUCUAAAUCAGUGUCUUCAUAAUAAUAUUGAAACAGAUUUUCCAUCAAUAUUUUACUUAAUAACCUUAGUAGAAAAAAUGAUAAAAUAUAAUAACAAAUAUUAUGAGAGAAUUGAAAAAAGAAAACAGCAACAAAUCAUUGAAUUACAAGGAUUAACUAUGUUUUUGGAAGAUAUUUGUAAUGAUCUAAAAGAUUUUUAGAAUUUUAAUUCAUAGUAAUUUAAUAUGGCAUAGAUUCCAUAUGGUGGUAAAUGCAAUGUUAAAAUACUUAAAUAUGUAGUUACUAUGUACAUUCUUUUUGAGUUAUAAUAAAAUAUAUCAUACUACAUGUUCAACUUAUUUUUCUGACUAGUUAUUAUAUUAAGAUAGUUAUUAUAUUAAGAUAUUAUAUUUUAUGUACAAA